AUGCCGUUAGGUCUUAAGAAUGUUGGCGCAACUUAUCAAAGACUCGUAAACCGUAUGUUCUCCGAACAACUCGGAAAAACAAUGGAGGUCUACAUCGAUGAUAUGCUCGUAAAAUCCCUCGAAGAGCGAGAUCAUAUCACUCACCUCCAGGAAUGCUUCGAAGAGCUAAACCUACACAAUAUGAAACUCAACCCCGCAAACUGCAGAUUUGCAGUGGCAUCAGGCGAAUUCCUAGGGUAUUUCGUCACCUUCCGCAGAAUCGAGGCCAAUCCUAAACAGAUCACUGCGCUGAUCGAAAUGGGGAACACAAAGUUCGAGAGGACCGAAGAAUGCGAAAAAGCUUUCCAACAGAUCGUAGUAUCAGUCACGGCUGUGAGUGGCGUCCUCAUCCGAGAGGAACGCGGUGAGCAAAAGCCCAUCUUUUAUGCAAGCAAGACUUUGCUCGACGCAGAGGCACGUUCUCCGAUGAUGGAAAGACUAGCACUCGCGGUCGUAAUGUCAGCACGAAAGCUGAGGCCGUAUUUCCAGUCCCAUACAAUCGUAGUGCUCACAUCAUUCCCACUUCGAACAAUCUUUCAUAGCCCCAGUCAAUCUGGAAGGUUAGCAAAAUUGGCAAUCGAGCUAAGCGAGUACGACAUCGAGUACCAAGCGAAAGCUUGCGCAAAAUCGCAAGUACUCGCCGAUUUCUUGGUGGACCCCCCACGUCGACGGAUCCUCAUCCAAACAAGGUUCUGGGAAUGGGGCCAGACUCACGUCACCAACGGGGGAAGUGCUGGAACAAUCAUUCCAACUGAUUUUCUUCGCCUCAAACAACGAAGCCGAGCAGACGCCUUGGCCGCCCUGGAAUCCAACUCAGAUCCAGGUCUGAGUAGGGUAAUUCCCGUGGAAUUCAUAGAGUAUCCUAGCAUCGGGCAGCCUGUCAUCAUAAACCUGAUCGACUCACCAGACGGGGAUCCUUGUGAAAUCGAUGUCCAAGCAACACAAGAUUCCGACCUGUCUGAGUACGGAUUCGACAAACCCUGGACAGAGACAAUCCUUGCGUACAUCACCGACGGGAAACUCCCAACGGAAAAACUCCCAACGGAAAAAUGGGCAGCCCAAAAAAUUAAAACCCAAUCCGCACGAUAUAUCCUGGUUGACGGAGAACUCUACAAGUGGAUAUUUUCCGGACAACUCAUGACCUGCGUAGAAGGGGAGAAAGCGCGAAGGAUAAUGGAAGAGGUCCAUUCUGGAUCCUGCAAAAAUCACUCUAGUGGAAGGUCCCUCGCAGUCAAAAUCAAACGCCAUGGACACUAUUGGCCAACGAUGGUUAAAGAUUGCGAGAACUUCAUGCAAAAAUGCGAAAAAAUGCUAGAGGCACGCUCCCACUAUCCAUCAACUGGCCAGGGUUCUCUCGUCGAUCUCGGCACCAUGCUCGUUCAUGCGAUGGUCCAUGGACAUAGUCGGACCCAUGCACAAGUCAAAACAAAAACGAUUCUUGCUGGUUUUGACGGAUUUCUUCUCAAAAUGGGUCGAAGCAGACUCGUACGUAAGCAUUAA